AUGACCGCUGCAAAGCAGGCCGACUCUGCCGCUUCGGAACAGACACGCUCCCGCAAAAAGAUGUACAAGAAUUGUGAUCGUUGCCGUCAGGCAAAACGUGCCUGCUCUGCCCAAUAUGUUAGCAUCGCCGAGGCGCUCGCUAGCAAGGUUGCAUGCACCAACUGCAAGAAAAAGGGUCAAGUCUGCACCUUCAACAGCCUCAUCAACUCCUUCGGCGGCAUUCCCUUGGGUGGCCUCACCGGCGCUGCGUUUGCCGAGAGCUUGCAAGAGGCUGCACAUGCUGCAGUCCAGCCUGCAUCAUCAGCUUCCGACGCUCAGACGACGCAGGACGAGCUCAUGUCGCACGCAGAACUGAGCACCGCUGCGGCCAAAAGACCAAGAGACAGCCUUCGCGACGGCGGUCUGGCCGAUCAGCCAUCCAAGUCGCGCUCGUCGGCGAUCAGCAAUGUCAACGCUGCUUUCGAGGUUCUCAAUGGCGACUUUGCAGAUGCGCACAGUCGUGACGAUGACGACUAUUCAAGAGAGAGGGUUGCCAAGCGAAGAAAACCUUCCCCUACGCAGCACAGCGAUCCAACGUUCCAAUCCGGCCUCGAACAACCGGCCAGCAGUGCACUCGUCAUGAGCCGUGCACAGUCACCCUUCGCAUUUGACGACGAUGACGACCUGUUUGCAGCCUCUACACAGUCCAAUGCGUCGCUCUUUGAUAUCCUCGGCUUCGACAUCUGGGGCUCAGCACCUAGCGUUCGACUCGCACACAACGCAGAUCGCAUGCACCUCAACUCAGACCUGCUCAGUGUCUAUGAGGGCGCUGCCGAGUCGGCCUUCCGCGUCUGGGUCACAGACGCAACCACGCCAUAUUUGCUCUGCGCCGACUCGAUGAGUUCCUCCUCGGCAGCUAUGGCGCUCAACAAAAAGGUCUGCUUGUUGGACCAUGCCUCGAGACGCAUCUUCAAGACCGACAACGCUGCACGCAAUGUCGAAAAGCGCGUUUCGGACGCCUACAACGCCGUCCUGCUCGCGUAUGCUGCCCAGUGGCCUCGUCAUCGCUCCAGUCACAGCAGCAACGCGCAAUCCGACUGGAAACCGGACGAGGCACGCAUCCGCCUCUCGCUUUGGAAGCAGGCCAGGGAUAAGCUCAUGGACGCAGCCGACGCCUGGUCCUUCCGCAUCGUCUUUGCGCUUAUCCUCUUCGCUUGGACCGAGAAGCCGCGCGAAAUGCCAGACAGCGAGGCUUGGGACAAGGGAGAGCACGAAAUGCCCUCGCAGCUGCACAUCCCUUCGCUCGACGAGAACAGCGCGCUCGACUCUACCUCGUGGCAGAUUCCAGCAGAGGCGAGCACCAUGAUGCUUGCAACCGCGAUGCGCAAGCUCAAGGCGUUCCGACUCAAGAUCCAGCAACUCCGGCGCAAGGGCGUGGAUCUGUGGUCGUGCGAUGAGCCUGGUCUCGAGCCUAAUCAGAUAGCCCAUCGACAGGCAGAGGCGACACUGCUGGAGAACACAUACCACAAUCUCUACUGGUUCGGCUGUAUGAUGGACACCGAGCUCUCCGUAUUGCGCAAAUAUGAUGCCGUGAUUGGCGACGAAGAUGCCGACCUGACCGACCAGCUCUUGUCACCACAUCGCGCCAAUAGCCUGCGUCACCAGACGGAAAGCAUGUCCAUUUCCAGCGGUGUGACCGCCACCAAGCCUCUUCGCAAGAUCUGGGACGAGGUAAUUCCAGCAAACAGCCAAAAGAACCGCAACACCUUUGCCAAAAGCUGGCCAUGCAGCGAGGAAGACGCCAAGCGCACGCUCGCCUACGCCACACCCAUCAAAGUGCUGCUCUUCCGACACGUCGGGCGUUUGCAGUCGAGCUACUGGCGUCAGGCUCCGAGCGAGCUGAUCGAGCGUCAAAUCUCCCACGUCCUUUCGGUGGUGCGACACUGGUACGAGGUGUUUGCGCCCUUUUUUGCGAGCUGCAUCGCGCACCACGCGGACCUGCCUCCAUCGAUUCAAUCGUGGCACGUCAUAACCGCGACCAAAUGGAACCUCGCGGCCAUCCUGCUCGUUGAACUCGUGCAGACCAUGGACCGAUCCACUUCGGACCCGUUCAACAGCACAGACGAGAUCUUUGCCGAGCUUCGCUCCAAAGUGUGCAACCAGACCGCCGCCCUCAUCCACGCCAUCCAACAUUCAAGUCUUUCUGCGAAGACGCGAACGGCUCAAGCCGAACCGUCCUUCGACUUUAUCGAGUCGACCGGAAGCACUAUUCUACACAGCGAUCCCUGGCCCGAGAUCUCCAUUCACGGAUUUGCAUGCGUUGCCAAAUCCGAGAUCAAGAAUUUUGCCAGGCUGGUCGAACAGGGCAAAUGGGACGAGAUCAGGUGUGCCGAGCAUCGGAUCGAAAAGUGCAUCUGGGCGCUGGAGCAGCUGAGCAACCGUAGCAGCAUGGCCGUUGACGCUAGUGUCGAGGUCAGGAAGCUGCUUGAAUUGCAUUCUCCCUUGAGAAAGCAGGAGCAGGAGCAAAAGCAGCGUGAAGAAGAGACCCAAGCCGGCAUGGCCAUGAUGACCGACGACGUCUGGCAGUCGUGCCUCAAGAUCUUGAACGAAGGCGGUGCGAGCAACGACGCACCCUCAGCCUCGCUCGACACGCCCGAGCUGGUCAAUGGGUACGACCAUGCCGACUGGUCAAAUCUGACUCUGUCAUCUUCAACCCAGCCUAUGCUGUCACACACCGAUCGCAUGGGCGACGAGCUUUUUCUUGACCCACUAGCCACCGCGACCGCCGAGACGCUUACCGACGGUACCUCUUCACGUGCCUCCUCGAAUCACUCGCUCUCUCCUCCGCUCACCAGCGCCACAAUGGCUUCGCUGGACUACCCAAGCUCCCUAUCGAUCUCUCCUGGGACCUCCGCCAGGAGCACGACAACCUCGACGCUGCCGCAGCCCCAGGCGCCGACAGGUCCUUUCAAACAAGGUCAUGCUAGCGAUUUCGACGAUCUUGCCUUUGGCUCUAUCGGACCAGGCUUCGCCAUGGGCUCCGGCGGCGUGAUGGAUUCUACCUUCGACUCAUACCAACUUCGCGUCUGA